AUGUCUUCUCGCCAAAUCCUGUCUGCCCUUGUGGCUGCGUUGGUCGUGGCUGAGGUGAAAGCCGCCAUGGGCCCAGCCUUCAGUACUGGUCCUGUGGCCGAUGACACCUUCAUCCGCGAGUCUUGGGCCACACUGGUCCUUCCCAACGCCCCAAGCGAUAACAGCGGCGUCCUCUCACUUUGGGUCGGAAUGGGAACUUCGAACGGGGAUCUUGUCCAAAGUAUCGCGGACAAUUGGGCUAGUGAAAAGUGGAGUGUUUAUGCGUACACUCUCAUGUCGACUGGCGACGAGUACGAUGAUAACAGUGGCAACUAUACCCAAACGGUUCUUUUGAACGGCGAGGUCGUUUCCACGCUCUCCACCAGCGACGGCAAAGCGCAGGGUUGGGGCUCAGCAGUCGAGUGCGCCGCCGAGGACUGCGGUACCGUGCCGGCGCACACCUGGCUCAACUGCAGCAUCAUCCUCGACAGCGCUGACAUGGCCUACUCGAACACUCUCGCCCUCGGCACGGAUGUUGAGGGGUCCAUGACCAGCGAAGAUGGAAUUACUUGGACCAUCGGUACCAUUAACAUCCCUGGGUGGUCAUUCACCACCGAGUCUGUCGUCGAAUCGUCCUCGGACUCAUCUGCUUCUUCUCCUUCUGCAUCGACUUCCGCCUCGUACAGCACUCCUACUGUCAGCCCUUCGUACGGAGCGAUAGGGUCCACCCCAUCUGGCACUUCCGAUGGAGCUUCUAGCUCGGGCUCUGUCGACACCCCUGCCUCCCAACCUAGCAAAACCUCAGGUGAGGGCUCGUACGGGGGCUCGCCUGGCGGUGCUACACCCACAAACGGCGGUUUUGGCGGUUUCGGAUCAGGGUCUCGGGGCUCACGGCCGACUGGAUCGUGGGGAAGCUGGGGUGCUCGGCCAACCGGAGGCUUCGGUGGGUUUGGAUCUGGGUCCGCUACGGGCGCAGCACCAGACGCAUCCGCUUCCUCGACUCCCUCCUGGUUCGGCGGCGGCUGGUGGAACAGCAGGAUGACGGGACAGAGGCAAUAA